AUAAACCGGAAAUAAUAGAAUCAGAGGAUAAAUCGUGUGUCACGGGGGACAUGGCACACCCGGUGGAGCUAUCCGGUGCAUACUAUCGGGGAUGAUAGGCGGCCCCGCGUGGCUCGAUAUACUCCUAUUCGACUACAUCUCGCCCACUCGUUGCGUCGUCUUCUCCAACGAAUUGAUUUCACACGUGCAUCCCACACGAUCGCAAGUCGCCGACUGUCGUCGAUUCAUCCGUUCUACUUCCGGUGCAUCCCCAUCGACACCCCCUAGCGCAGAGACGAGGGGGGGGGGGUGGGCGUACCUGGCUGCAGUGCAGUACCGCGAUCGCGAGACAGGGGGAAUAAGCGAGGAGGAUAAGCGGGGAUGGUAUUCGAGGGUGGCGGAAAACGAAUUCUGCACCGUUGUGUGCCGGGCAGAGAAGAGGAGAGGGCGAGCUAGCCGCAAUGCAGCACGCGCAGCGUCCUCGGUGUGCGCGCGCGCGCGUUCGGUAUCUCCUCGCCUGUUCUCCCUCAAGGGAUCAUUAACGUCUUUGCCAAAAAGUCAAACAGAGUCAUGAAUAAAGGAAAAUGGUGAAGGCUAAUAAAUAUUAAUAUAUUAACAACCUAUUAUUUUGAAGUAAGUUAAUUUAUUUUCAAGUAUAUUAAAGUAAUGCUGACGCUUUUGAAUUUAUAUACUCAAGAAAAUGUCGCUAAAUGUUACUACGCUCGCUCUUUGUUUCGAAAAACUUUCUAGAAUAUAAUGCAAUAAAGUUGAAGAUGAAAAUUUACGAUCACGAAGAAAUACGAGACUGGUGAGAGCGCAGAAUAUAUUCGGCUGUAACUGCAAAGAGGACUGC